AGAAUGGAUCUUCUUGCUGAGUAUCUUGAAAAAAUCACCGAUUUAUGUAGCGGCAGCCGGAAUGAAUUUCCUGAAGAGCUGAGAAUUUGCCUGGAAACAGCAUCUAAUAUUGUAACGGACCUGAGAGCAAAGAAUGAAUGUGCCGGUGCAUCAUGCAGAAAUACCACAAAACAAGAUACCCAGAAUGGACAAUGUACAGGUAUUGAUGCUUAUAAGAUGCUUGCACAUCUGACUAGAACUAAAAACAUCCUUUCACUGGGCAGCUGCUUCACUUCCAUAGCCCUUACCAUGGCAAAAGUUAUACCCCAGGAUGGAAAGAUAAUUCUGUGCUUAGACAGUCCCUCAACCCAGAAAUGCCAAGACCAUUCAACCCAGGCCGGGAAGAUAUAAAGAAAGGUUGGAGUGACCUGCGACAUUUUGAAGGAGUUGUCCGCUUCAGGCGAGCAAUUUGACAUGGUGUUUAUCGAUGCCACCGAGCGCAGUCAUAUAAACUAUUACAACCUGAUUAUGAGCAGCAAUAUGCUAAAAAUGAACGGUGUGAUCUGCGUGCAAAACGCUUUUGUGAAAGAGCAUCAUUCCCGGGAAAUCAUGGCUGAUGAGGAGGGAUCUGCUGCGGCCAGGAAAGUGACAGAUGCAAUUAAUUCCGACCCAUCUUUGGAGCAGGUUACACUACCCAUAGAUGGUUCCAUCAUUGUUGCAAGAAGAAGAUUUGUUCCUCCAUCAGUAGAUGUCAAGGAUGCCAAUGUGAGCGACGAUGUGUUCUGGGGCUUUAAAGGUCUUCGAUUAGAUGGAAAGGUGGCCUACGUGACCGGUGGGGAUCAGGGUAUUGGCAGAGCCUUUGCGCAUGCAUUGGGGGAAGCAGGAGCCAAAGUUGCCAUUGUAGACCUGAUGCUUGAAAAAGCAGAGGCUGUUGCCUUUGAACUACACCUGAAGGGAAUAAAAUCAGUUGCCAUAGCAGCAGAUAUUAGCAAAGAAGAAGAUGUGAAAAGGAUUGUAGAUACAAUUGUGACUAAUUGGGGGAGAAUUGACGUAGCAUGUAAUAACGCUGGGAUUAAUAUGAAUUCGGCGAGUGAAGAUACCACGCUGCAAGAGUGGGACAAAACAUUCAGUGUGAACCUGCGGGGCCUUUUCAUGUGCUGUCAGGCUGCGGGCCGCGUUAUGCUGAGUCAAGGAUACGGCAAGAUAAUUAAUACAGCGUCUAUGGCGAGUUUAAUAGUUCCCCACCCCCAGAAGCAGUUAGCGUACAACACAUCCAAAGCCGGGGUGGUGAAGUUGACUCAGACUUUGGGAACAGAAUAGAUUGACAGAGGAGUAAGGGUUAACUGCAUAUCACCGGGCAUCGUGGACACUCCACUCAUCCACUCCGAUGCUUUAAAACCCCUUGUUGAGCGCUGGUUGAAUGAUAUUCCUGCUGGAAGAUUGGCUCAAGUAACAGACUUGCAGGCUGCUGUCGUCUUCUUGGCAUCCGAAGCCUCUGAUUAUAUGACAGGCCACAAUUUAGUCAUUGAAGGAGGCCAGAGCCUUUGGUAGAAAGACCGUGAACAGAGAAAAGGAUCCCUUUUUCAUUCAAAGAAAACCCAAGAUACCUGUUGUCACUGUUGUGUUUAAGGAAACAAACAAAUGGGAUUAUUACUGUAGCAUUAUUACUAUCAUAAUGGAACAACAGAGUACACAUUUGCUUAAUGCUUCUUCCGUGUAUUUUUUUUUUUUUUACAGGUGCGUUAUUGGCUAAUGCUGGAUAAUAGCUGCAAAAUGAUAUUACAUCCUAAGCGGAUGAUUAUUCUCAGCACCGUAGGGAAUCGGUAUUCCAUGUAUAAUAAGGUUUAUUUUCCAUUUUCUAAAGGUAAUAAUGUAGGAGGUAGGGCAUAUUUGUAUUUCAACAUGUAAAAGAGCACCAAUUACAUUUCCGCUGGCACUAAGCACCCUCCUAGGCACUCGUAGUUGGCAUAAAAUGACGGCACUCUUGGUGUCUAUGGGCGAUAGAUCAAUGUGACAGGCGCCAGUCAUCUCUAAACCUGCAGAUAAAUGCCACUUAUAAUAGGGUGUAUGUUGUCCCCUAUAAAACCCCCCCUGGAGUGUAGUACAGGUAUGGGACCUGCUAUUCAGAAUUCUUGGG